AUGAGGGAAAAGUAUACCUCGUGUGAUGUGUUUAACAUGGAUGAAACUGGAUUUUUGUACAGUCUUUUUCCAUAUUACACCCUGGGUAUAAAAGGCGAUAAGUUUCAUGGUAGAGCACGAAGCAAACAAUGUGUGACUGUUGUACUGUGCUGUAAUGCUGACGGCAGUGAAGUUUCGUCCCUUGGUUAUCGUCGAAUGUUUGCUCAAAAUAGACAUGUUCUUCUUACAUUGGACAGAUAUACUGCCCAUAAUGUUCAUGAUCUGAACCUAUCCAACAUAACAUUUCAGUUUUUUCCACCCAAUGCCACAAGCCAUCUUCAACCCUUGGACCAAGGCAUAAUCUCUCUCAUAAAGAGAGCUUAUCGUAAGCGACUUGGAAGUGCUUUUACAGAGCUUGGAGACAGCAACACUGAAGAUGUCCACGAGUUAGAUGAUGCCACUUCACCUGAUGAAUUGACAGUUCUGCAGGACGUUGUGAACCCUGGGAUUAGUUUCGAAGAAUUCAUUAAUGUAGACGACGAUGUUGCCAUAUGUGCUUCUGUGGAAACAGAUGUGCCACAGGCUAUGAAUGAGGUGCAAGAAGAGCCAUCAGAAGAAAGUCGUGAUGAAGAGAAUACAGAUACCAUUCCACCUACCUGUCAGGAGAUGUUUACAGCCUUGGACUGUUUAGAACGGUUCGCUUCAACAUACGAUGUCACUGCUGGGUUUCCGGAUGCUAUCAUUGCAAUUUGUUGUGAAAUUACAAAAUAUUGUUGUUCCCAUGAAUGCCAGUGA